AUGGCUCUCUUCCUUCUCCACGAAACCGCCGCUGGCUACGCCUUGUUCGAGGCUCAUGGAAUCGACGAAAUUGGACAGAACACUGAAGCUGUUCGGAACUCCGUUUCCGAUUUGACUAGGUUCGGCAAGGUUGUUAAGCUUCGCUCUUUCAACCCUUUCACCUCUGCUCUUGAAGGCCUAGAACAAAUUAAUGCCGUCUCUGAAGGCAUUAUGACUGAUGAGCUGAGAACUGUUUUGGAGACUAGCUUACCCAAAGUAAAGGAAGGUAAGAAGCCAAAGUUUUCAUUAGGUGUAGCUGAAUCUAAGAUUGGUUCACAUAUACAAGAAGCUACUAAAAUUCCAUGCCAAAGUAAUGAGUUUGUGAAUGAACUUAUUCGCGGUGUCAGGCUUCAUUUUGAAAAGUUUGUUGGUGAUCUCAAGCCAGGAGAUUUGGAAAAGGCACAACUUGGUCUCUGCCACAGUUACAGCAGAGCAAAAGUGAAGUUCAAUGUUAAUCGGGUUGAUAAUAUGGUCAUCCAAGCAAUCUUCCUACUCGAUACACUUGAUAAGGAUAUCAAUUCAUUUGCCAUGAGAGUCAGAGAAUGGUAUUCAUGGCAUUUUCCUGAACUAGUGAAGAUCAUAAAUGAUAAUUAUCUGUAUUGCAAAGUAGCCAAAUAUGUUGAGGAUAAGUCAAAGUUGGCUGAAGACAAUAUUGAAGCAUUAACUGAAUUGGUUGGAGACGAAGAUAAAGCAAAGGAGAUUGUCGAAGCAGCAAAAGCUUCCAUGGGACAAGAAUUGUCCCCUGUGGACUUGAUCAAUGUCCAUCAGUUUGCUCAAAGGGUGAUGGACCUAUCUGACUACAGGAGGAGGUUGUCUGAUUACCUGACCACUAAGAUGAAUGAUAUUGCACCUAAUUUGCAAUCUUUAGUUGGUGAUAGUGUUGGAGCUCGUUUAAUUUCUCAUGCUGGUAGUCUCACAAAUUUAGCUAAGUGCCCCUCCUCAACUCUUCAGAUUCUUGGUGCAGAGAAAGCUUUAUUCAGGGCAUUAAAAACAAGAGGAAAUACUCCCAAAUAUGGUCUGAUAUUCCACUCUUCUUUUAUCGGUCGCGCAUCUGCCAAAAACAAAGGCCGCAUGGCUCGCUAUCUUGCUAACAAAUGCUCUAUUGCGACUAGGAUUGACUGCUUUUCUGAAAAGGGUACUUCAGCAUUUGGCGAGAAACUCCGGGAGCAAGUUGAGGAGCGACUUGACUUUUAUGACAAGGGAGUUGCCCCUCGUAAGAACAUUGAUGUUAUGAAAUCUGCUAUUGAAGUUGCCGACAACAUAGAUACAGAAAUGGAAACAGAGGAAGUAUCAGCCAAGAAAACCAAGAAGAAGAAGCAAAAAGCUGCUGCAGAUGAAGUAGAAAAAGCUGCAGAAAUUACAAAUGGUGAUGCAGAAGAUCAUAAGUCUGAAAAGAAGAAGAAAAAGAAAGAAAAGAGAAAAUUGGACCAGGAGGCUGAUGUUCAGGAUCAGGUUGUAGAUGAAGCUGCCAGCGGUGAGUCAGGAAAGAAGAAGAAGAAGUCAAAGAGGAAGGAUGUUGAUUAA